UUAGAAGCAAGAUGGUCACCUCGCUCUCUGCGAACCCUGAUCAAUCCAGUGCGAGAUACAAUUCCCAAAUCUUGUCUUCAGAGACAACUACAUCAUCAAUAUGCUGAAUUGCAUACCUGCACAUCCACUUCCCAGCUCGAAAGAAACCAUCUCAAAUUUUACGAUCUCGAUUCGGCUAGCUGUGGCAUAUUACCCGCGAAGGCUGUGAGUGUUAUGGUUGUCGUUGAAAAGAUUGCCAUCGCUUGUGUUGGACUUGUUCCCUCUGCUAUGUUUGGUAAUGCGAAUUCCUUCAUGCGACGUUCAAGAGCACAUCUCGGUAUGAGCCGACAUGCAAGCGCGGGCAACGCAACUCCUUGA